GGCCGAUCGGGCCAUUAAUUCCCACCCAGUGAUGCCCUGUUAACCGUCAGUCGGUGAUAUUUGUUAGGGUUCUCUGGUGAGAUACUACUCCAGAAGUGAUGGGCGAGGAAGACAAACAAGGAAAUGUCGACGGUGAGGAGAAGCGCAGGCCAAUCUCGGAGGCUGAAUUCCUCUCGUGGAAGCGCCGAAAGGAUGCUGAUAUAUCAUCAAGAAGAGAUGAAGCAGCUAGGAAGCGUGCAGAAGAUAUUGCUGCAGGAGCAGUACAGAUGAAUGGCCGCGAGCUCUUCGUGCACGAACCGUGGGUGUUUGAUAACACUCUAUAUUGAGAUCUAUUCACGCUAAGAGCAAGCAAGAGAAAAUGUCCAUUAUGCUUGACAAGCAAGAUAUAGCAAAAGAGAAUUUCCAUUGAUUAUAGAGUUUUUCUCGAGAGUGUGAGAGAUGAAGAGAAAGCUGCAAUACAGAGAGGCCAUAUGAUAAGGAAAAAUACAUAGUUAUUACAUUAUUAUAGUAGGUAAGAAGAGCUGUGGAGAAAUAAUUUUUUUAAAAAGCUGUUUUAGAAA